AGUUCCUAGCAGCGUUUCCCUUCAUGUCUGCGUUUAUGUGUGGACGGGAUUACUUUUUAAAACGAAAACGGAAAAUCUCCGUUUUCAAAAAUACCCGUGUACGUGUGGACGUAGCCUAAGACUCGUAAUGAAAGUACAGUAACGAUAGUUAGUUAGUGACUGAGCAGCCCGGUGCUUUUUUUCUUGAUUUCUUUAGUCAGGGUAAAUUUAUUCACCUCCACGGAAAGUUUCCCCGACAGCUGAGUGUUCAUCAAUGAUGCUAGUUAUGGAUUAGCUUACAAACACAUUUAACUUACCGAAAAUACUGCGGCGGUGUAAAAAUUCUCAACAAAGAAAUACAAAUUCAAACAUAAUGACAGAUUGCACAGCCACGAGUAAUCUGAAAAAUGCCACAGCAAACACUGUGAGGCAACUCCUUCAACAUUACAAAAACAACAUUACAAAAGAACAGUGGCAGAAAUUUCAGGCAGGUCACCCAGAUCGCGCCACUAUAGAUUCUAUAUGCAACAUGUUGGACCUGUGCUUGGAUUUGACAGGUGUAGCACUGAGGCCUGCCCAGGAAACAACCCCCAAAAAAAUCAGUGGCCCCCCAUGCCAAAACUUGUAGCUGCAAGGGACAUAUGCCCCGAAAACAUAAGGCCAUGAGGAAAAUUGUCCAGCUUUAACUAUUGGGGCCUGAUUUCCUUACGAAAACACCAAAAACCAAAAAUAAGCAGAAAACAAAACCAAAAAGAAGAGGGGGAGGAAUUUCAAGCAGGUUCCUCAGACAAAGACUCCCUCUCUGCUAAAACUUGUAGGUGCAAGAAACAAAUUCCCCCAAAAUAUAAGGUCAUUAAGAAAUUGUCUUGCUUUAACAACUGGAGCCUGAUUUCCAUACGAAAACACCUAACAACAAAAACUGACAAUAACACAGCCUCGAGUAAUCCAGACACUGACAGCAGUGAUGACACGAGUAAUCCAGACACUGACAGCAGUGAUGACACGAGUGUAGGUGUAGCACUGAGGCCUGCCCAGGAAACGAAUCCCCAAAAAUCAGUACACCUCCCUGCUAAAACUUGUAGCUGCAAGGAACAAAUGCCCCCAAAACAUGAGGAAAUUAAGAAAUUGUCUCGCUUUAACAAUUGGAGCCUGAUUUCCAUAAAAAUCCACCAAAAAACAAAAGAAGACAAUAAGACAGCCUUGAGUAAUCCAGUGACUGUCAGCAGUGAUCACAAGAGUAAUCCCAGACUUGGUAAUCCAGACAGUGUCAGCAGUGAUCACACAAGUAAUUCAGACAGUGAUCACACAAGUACUUCAGACAGUGUCAGCAGUGAUCAUACAAGUAAUUCAGACAGCAGUGAUCAUAAGCGUAAUCCCAGACUGGGUAAUUCAGACAGUCCCAGCAGUGAUCACACAAGUAAUUCAGACAGCAGUGAUCAUAAGCGUAAUCCCAGACUGGGUAAUUCAGACAGUGUCAGCAGUGAUCACAUAAGUAAUUCAGACAGCAGUGAUCAUAAGCGUAAUCCCAGACUGGGUAAUUCAGACAGUCCCAGCAGUGAUUACACAAGUAAUUCAGACAGCAGUGAUCAUAAGCGUAAUCCCAGACUGGGUAAUUCAGACAGUGUCAGCAGUGAUCACAUAAGUAAUUCAGACAGCAGUGAUCAUAAGCGUAAUCCCAGACUGGGUAAUUCAGACAGUGCCAGCAGUGAUCACAUAAGUAAUUCAGACAGCAGUGAUCAUAAACGUAAUCCCAGACUGGGUAAUUCAGACAGUGCCAGCAGUGAUCAUAAGAGUAAUCCCAGAGUGGGUAAUUCAGACAGUGCCAGCAGUGAUCAUAAAAGUAAUCCCAGACUGGGUAAUUCAGACAGUCCCAGCAGUGAUCACACAAGUAAUUCAGACAGCAGUGAUCAUAAGCGUAAUCCCAGACUGGGUAAUUCAGACAGUGUCAGCAGUGAUCACAUAAGUAAUUCAGACAGCAGUGAUCAUAAGCGUAAUCCCAGACUGGGUAAUUCAGACAGUGCCAGCAGUGAUCAUAAGAGUAAUCCCAGACUGGGUAAUUCAGACAGUCCCAGCAGUGAUCACACAAGUAAUUCAGACAGCAGUGAUCAUAAGCGUAAUCCCAGACUGGGUAAUUCAGACAGUGUCAGCAGUGAUCACAUAAGUAAUUCAGACAGCAGUGAUCAUAAGCGUAAUCCCAGACUGGGUAAUUCAGACAGUGCCAGCAGUGAUCAUAAGAGUAAUCCCAGACUGGGUAAUUCAGACAGUGCCAGCAGUGAUCAUAAGAGUAAUCCCAGACUGGGUAAUUCAGACAGUCCCAGCAGUGAUCACACAAGUAAUUCAGACAGCAGUGAUCAUAAGCGUAAUCCCAGACUGGGUAAUUCAGACAGUGUCAGCAGUGAUCACAUAAGUAAUUCAGACAGCAGUGAUCAUAAGCGUAAUCCCAGACUGGGUAAUUCAGACAGUGUCAGCAGUGAUCACAUAAGUAAUUCAGACAGCAGUGAUCAUAAGCGUAAUCCCAGACUGGGUAAUUCAGACAGUGUCAGCAGUGAUCACAUAAGUAAUUCAGACAGCAGUGAUCAUAAGCGUAAUCCCAGACUGGGUAAUUCAGACAGUCCCAGCAGUGAUCACACAAGUAAUUCAGACAGCAGUGAUCAUAAGCGUAAUCCCAGACUGGGUAAUUCAGACAGUGUCAGCAGUGAUCACAUAAGUAAUUCAGACAGCAGUGAUCAUAAGCGUAAUCCCAGACUGGGUAAUUCAGACAGUGUCAGCAGUGAUCACAUAAGUAAUUCAGACAGCAGUGAUCAUAAGCGUAAUCCCAGACUGGGUAAUUCAGACAGUGUCAGCAGUGAUCACAUAAGUAAUUCAGACAGCAGUGAUCAUAAGCGUAAUCCCAGACUGGGUAAUUCAGACAGUGUCAGCAGUGAUCACACAAGUAAUUCAGACAGCAGUGAUCAUAAGCGUAAUUCCAGACUGGGUAAUCCAGACAGUGUCAGGAGUGAUCACACAAGUAAUUCAGACAGUGAUCACAUAAGUAAUUCAGACAGUGAUCACACAAGUAAUUCAGACAGUGAUCACACAAGUAAUUCAGACAGUGAUCACACAGCAACCUCUACAGAAAUCACAGCAGAAAACAUAAAAAAUGGGGGAUCGGUCAUUGUGAAUAAAGCAACGGUUAACCAAUUUAAUAUCUAUAACCUAGAAUUGCAAAAAUACAGAUUUUUGGUGGAAAACUGUCUGGAAGAACUUGUUAUGCGGCUUGCAAAAAAAUCAGGCCAGGUCAUUAGUCGGAACAUAGUUUUCGCCAUCGCCAACCGGCUUGCAACCCAAAUCUGUGCUGAAAUCACAGAUGAAUUUUAUAAUAUCCCCAUAGCGAAGUUCCAAAACUUCCACAAGGUGAUUUACAAAGCCCUCUGUAAAAGGUGGAAAAAUCCCAAAAAUAUUCUGGAAUUUAUGGCAUCGGAUUGUCCAGAGCACAACAUCACAAUUGUUAACAUUUUCAUGGACAAGGCAGCCAAACUGUCUACAAAACCAAGUCGCAUACGUCGUUUUUUCGCAUUUGUAGGCCGAAUGUUCACCAGGAAAUGAAAUAAGGUUUCUGUAAUGUAGGGAAAUCCUGAUAUAGACUCAAAACAUUUUUCUAAAACUAAUUAGAGACUUUAAAUUGGCUAGUUUUAAAAUCAUAAUGGCUCUUUAAUCGAUCGAGUCAUUUCUGAAAACCUUGACAGGUCGCAGCAGAUGGCCCCGCCCCUCACUGAGCCUGGUUCUGCUGAAGGUUUCUUCCUAUUAAAAGGGAGUUUUUCCUUCCCACUGUCGCCUAGUGCUUGCUCAGAGGGGUUUGUCUGUUGGGUUUUCUUUUUAACCCUGGAGAACCCAUGGGGUCAAAUUUGACUCCAUGGUUUCCCUUGAAAACCAAUGGGGUCGGAUCUGACCCCAUGGGUUCUCCAGGGUUAAUACUAUAAGGUAACAAACUCACAGUAAUACACUGUAAAGUUGUUACCUUACAGUAUGAAGCGCCUUAAAAAGACCAUCAUUUCAUUUCCUUUGGCGCGAUACAGACUGAAGUGAAUUGAACUACCAACAUAACUAAUUUAGCACUUCAAGUUAAAAUCAAUAAAAAUGUAAAAUUUUA